AUGCCACCCAAGAAGAAGGGUCGCAGCAGCGUCCCUGCUGUUGCGACACCUUCAGCAUCAGCAACCCCGGCCGCCCAUGAUGACGAUGCCAUGGAUAUUGACACACCUCAAGCGUCGGCAGCUGACACGCCUACCGCAGCGACAGCUCUGAAGCCUCCUCCCGUCGACCUUGCUAGCCCCUGGACGGACGACCAAAUAUCCUCACUCUUCAAAGGCGUUAUUCGGUACAAGCCAGCAGGCAUGCAUAAGCAUUUCAGGAUGAUCGCAAUUUCAGAACACCUCCGAAAACAUGGCUUUGACCCGGACAGCGAGAAACACACACGAAUACCAGGCAUCUGGGUGAAACUCCGAGAAUACUACAACCUGGACCUGGUCGACGAUCGGGAGAAUAGCUUGGAUUACAUGGAAGAUGAUACCUUCGACGACCGCUAUAACUACUUCGAUUUGCCCUGGACUGAUUAUGGCGAAGAGAUAUUGAAGCGUGCCCAGGCAGAUCCUAGCGAAGCACCAACAUCUCCACCAGAAAUGGAGCUGACGCCGCCGCCCGCCGGUCAGAAGAAGCGGAAGAGGGCAAAUACCGCCUCGAAAGCGAGGUCAAGCACUGUUGAAGACACGGAAGGGGAGACGCCGGUCCCUAGCCCGGCUCCCAAGUCUGCGCGUGGCACAAGGAGCUCCAAGAGGGCGGCAUCGAAGCAAAAGGCCGAGUCUACAGAGGUGGAGGAGACAGCGGCCGAGGAGGAGGAAGAAGAGGAAGAAGAGGAGCACGAGUCGGGGGACGCUGACGAAGAGAGCGAGGAGGAAGAGGAAGAGGGAGAAGAGGAGACCAGCACACCGGCAUCCAAAGCGACGAGAAGCGGUAAUGUUCGCAGUCGAGCUCGCGGAAGAGCCCAGAUCGAUCACAACUUUAGCAAGGCGCAUCGCAUCGUGACAACGAGUAUAUUACCAUUGGUCGAGCAGUACGGCGAGCAUUCUAAAUCUGUCUGGGAAGCUUCAAAGUUCUGGAAGCAAUUCUUUGAGGCCUCUGCCAAUGUUUCGCUGUCCGGUUAUGAAGAGCUCGCUGCAGACGAAGAUACCACAGCAGCUGAGGAGACAACAGUGCACGAUGAGACCACAGCGACAUACACUCCUCGCGCACACGGUAAGGACACAAGCGCCAUGACCGAUCAGACGCCAACGUACCAUGGCCAAGGAGAGGACUCGCUCUUGGAUGACGGCGAUGGCGAUCUUAGUGGGAGCACGCCUCGCCCGCCAGCGACGAAGACCAUUCAACCGCAGUUUGCCAACUUUGGAUCCCCGUAUGAGGCAUUGAAGCGCGAGUUGAAGGGAGAUAACCAGCCAUCUGGAGAUGAGUCUGAAUCCGACCUUCUCCCACAUCAGCACACGGCUCGUCUGCCGGAUAUGUCGAUGACUCCACGCUCAUCCAUGGCUCCUACAGGUGAUGACCUUGAUGAGGACUUGUUCGCAUCAACUGCGCGCAAGAACCAAGAUCCUUUGCUACAUCGGAUGCUCGACAAGAAUUAUCGCGUCCAAGCUACACCGCAUAAACCUACUGGUGUCUCUCCAAUCAAGUGGAAGGUGACUGAAAAGCCAGCGGAGAAGGAAAAAGACAAGGGCAAAGUGCCUAUUUGGCAAGACGACUCACCUAUGUCGUCUCCCGAGAUGCCGGUGCCGACGCUUCGCACUGAGGCGUUUAUGUCGCCGGUAAAGUCGGCUUACCGCAGUAAGCUGGCGGCUGCCACUGCAGCACCUCGAACUCCAGGGGUCAGUGUUCAGACCCCGGCUACCGGGAGGAAGACCAAAGAUGUGUUUGCGACCCAGGAAUCGGAGAAGAGGGGGCGUGAGCGACCAGAGAUUACGUGGGACAGCGAUGAAGAAGACGAUCUUGCUCUCUAUGGAGGCAUAAGCCCGCCGAAGACCAUCCAGUUUGCUCUUCCUCCGUCGAAGUUGUUGCAGACACCAGCCCGAGAAGCAAGCAAGCGCAUUGUAGAGGAUAUCCUUCUAACUGCCGGAGCGGAGCCGGACGGGUCGUCGGAAUAUAGUCCCACGAUGGUGAAGAUGAACCAAAAUAUUCUGGACGACACAUUCUAG